GACCUCUUAAAGUAAGACGUCAUGUUUUCGCUCCGUCACGUUCCUUGGUUGUCUUCCGAUGAAUUCGCUUACGUAACUAAAUGUCUACGAGAUAAAACCUCAGUUUCCCUUCGUGCGGCGUUAGCAAUACUGCAUGUUUGGGUGACACGCCUUCCUCCCUCGAAAAUUCCGCGCGCCAUCACAUGUACUCAUGACUUGCUUGUUUCUUAUUUUGAAGAGUCUCAUCAAAGUCUAGCUCUAGCGUUAAUGCGUAUUAUCUCGCCGCUAUCCAGUGAAGAGCAGGAUAGGGAUAAACCCUAUUCAGCUCAAUCUUUGACUUCGCUGUCUGCGAAUGCUGGCUUCCCUCCUUGGAUUGCUGAUCUACGGAACGACGUAGCGCAUGGUUCACUUCCUUCAGUUCCUCUUAUGGAACAUGCCUUCAGUUGGGCUUUGGAUCGACUAGAUGACUUCUGGCAUUCCAACUUAAUCCACAUAGAAAACGCGCAGUUACAGCUGAAUAAUACAUUCCAUUCGGCUUGCCGAGAGCUAAAUCGUUAUGUCAAUGAGCGGUUGUACGAAAAUGUUCCACACUCCGAACUUUCUCUUAGACAUUUCGAGACAGCUCUCAAUGAAGCUUGCCUAUGUACUCCUGCUGUCCGUUUUGCAUGCGUGUCGCUACUGCGUGCUCACACGCUCUCCAGGGACGCGGCCAGAAUGCCUAUAAUUACUGCCACGCGCCGCAUUCGAAGCUUGCUCACCAUAUUAAAGCAAAGAGGGGCACUUCACCUCUUUAUUUUGCAGUUUUUCCUCCACGUGCAUUUGACCGAGCUCACCUUUUCCACUUGUAUGGAUUGGUGUUCAUUUUGGUUAGAUGGUUUUAACAAAUAUCAGGUGGGCAAGGAGAGUGAAAUUAGCCGGUAUUUGGACGAUCACUGCAUGUGUUCCUUCGAUUGGCGUCGAGUAUUUCAACAUGUGUUGAUAGCGCAUUCUUGUCCGAAGCUCUACGAUCUUUGUGUUGGUGUGUUAGACGCCUUCCGUCCUCCCAUUCCUGAUACGAAGCGAAAAAAUGUGCUAUCCUAUCUGCAGAUAUUUUUGGGACUUGACAAUAUUGCUUUCGACAACAGCGUUUGCCAUGAACAAUCCGUGUUUCAUCCACAUUGGACAUAUUCCGAGGAGCUGUGGGCGGAUUGUGCCUUGGGUGCAUUGAGCGGUUCAUCCAACACUGCCUUUUUUCCUGCACUUUUCUCUCCAGACUAUAAUGCCGCGGCAAGUGGAAAGUAUAAAGGAUUUUCUGCACAAGACGCAGAGGGCGGACGCAAAGUGUAUGACAAUUGCAAUCUUACUCAUUUUAUUUAGCCGUGAAAAUAAAGGAGAAUAAGGACAAUGUCAAGUUCAAGAUCAGGUGCAGUCGUUUCCUAUAUACAUUGGUGGUAACUGAAAAGGAGAAAGUUGGAAAGAUUAAAAGUUCGAUUUUACCAAAUGUGACUGUAAAGGAGAUCAAAUGAUUUGCCAAAAAUACAUUGGUCUAUGAUAUUUUCUGUCUUCCGUUACUAUCAUUCCAACAAUUGUGCAGCGAUUUGUAACUUAAACCACCAUCGUCUUAUGUAAGACGAACAGUUGGUUUCGGAUUACUGCUCACGAACUUAUAAUAUGAUGUCUCCGAAAUAUGUGCAACUAUUUCAAGUGUCAGUUUGCUAUAACAAUCGGAGUGGAAACCCGAUGUCCUCGAAUGUGUUCCGCGUAUAACCUAUGGCGGUUGAUUCUUCCAUUUCGUAGCACAACCGCAGGUAAUCCCAAAAAGUUGUUUGCUUGCGUAAGGCGACGCAGCGGUGCGAAUCUAUCCAUACCAGCGCUACUGCGAACAGACAGGACUCGUGCACACACCGACUGUGAUACAGCUUGUAUACUUGGCGUGGAGUUCAUUGUUGUAGAGGGCAGAAGGGAGGACCCAUGUUAGCCCCAUCACCUCCGGUUCAACACCAAGACCACGCAUGCAAGUGCGACACGGUAGUCCUCAGGGAAUCGGAGCAGUCGCAGUAGGACAACGCGGCCUUGGUGUUUUGCAUUGGUGCUUAUCUGAGAAGAGUUUGAAAUCUUUCUCUUUCGUCGCUUCAACAACAGUCGCCAGAAGACGAUUCCAGUCACUCACUGCCCGAGUUUAGAGGGCGGCAGCGGUGUCGACUUUGAGCCUCCUCGGUUUUAAUAGUUUCCAAUGGUGACCUCGUGAAGAGCCAGCUCUUUUGGGCUGAAAAUGCUGUAGCUAGCUCCCAAUUUCCCCUUUUACUACGCGCCUCGACAGCGAGUACUCCAUGGGAAUGCAUCACAUAAAGCCGGAGAGAGUGGAAGAUCACGAGGCCCGGGAACGGACUUAGAGAUACGUCCCUGGUACUUUUCGGUUAAGACACAUUCAAACUUAGAGAGUGGAAAUGUAGCUAGCAGCCAAUACUCUAGAAUCGGUCGUUCAUGGGAAGUGAAGAGAAGCCAGAAGAUCUUCGGUAUCCUUCAACAGACGGAUCUUACGGCGCAGGACAUCCUGUUUGCAGUGACAAGCUUUUCCAGUCUAUCCUGUAUGGGUUCAGGUCAUGUGCUGUUAUUACGUGCUUGAGAAGGAACCCGACAAUGUGCCUCAAAAGCCCCGCUCGGCAAGGCGCAACAUUGUUCAUAAUUUAUUAGUAGGCCCCAUUUGAUGGACCAGUUUUGCAACAGAUCAAGGGUCUCCUGCAGCCGAUAAGCAACGUCAAGCUGAUGCACUUCAGACCAAAGCUUGAGAUCGUCGGCAUAGAUUAAGCAUUCGGUUUAGUGUUGGCGGAAUAUCACUGACAUACUGUUGGAACAGUUCAGGUCCAGGGACUAAUCCUUGUGGAACACCGCUUGUCAUAAGCACUGGCUUGGAAAGCGUCUCUUUCACUCUCGCAUAGUUAGACCUUCCAAGAAGUCGGCACUGCACGAGUGAAGGCUACCACUGCCACUGAUCUCUGUAAGCUUCCAAAGUAAUCGGUGGGGGACUUUGUCGAACGCUUUGCUGAAAUCGACGAAAACCACAUAUGCGUUGUCUGGCAUCAUUUGCCCUCGCCCCCUUUCUCUAGCCACUAUACCAUUUUCCGGCCAAGUUGUCGUCUUGGGAAAGAGAAAUAAUCUGGGGAGGGCAUUCAACAUGAGUCUACUCAAUUAAUUUGUUCCGUGUGUAAGCCAAUCACUUGUGCAAGUGUGUAGGUGUGUCUGUACAGCCCGUCGCCUUCAGCCAAUCGGACCUCAGACGCACUAAGU